CUUUGACUCCCGACUUACACAUCUUUUGAUACGCACCUCUGACUCUGCGGUAAGAGCUCAGUCUUCACCGCCGGCCCUGCAACACCAUCAAGCAACGUCCCGGCUGAAAGAAGCCCAGCUACUACACUAUCAUAAACACAACACAUACUCUGAACUCGGAACAUGUCUAGAUUACGAAAUUGCACACGAGCCGCGGUGCUCUCCAUCCUCAUUGCCUCCGCUCAUGCCGCCUCUAUCCCCUCCGUCUUUGGGCGACAAGACAACACAUGCGCCGCCUCGGGCUUUACCUCCUGCGGCAACGGCCUCCCGGGAAACUUCUGCUGUGGUAUGGGCAAGAAAUGCAUCACUCUAGCCGGGAACACCACCGUUCUCUGCUGUCCCGAAGGCGAGAGCUGCGACAGAAUCUCGCCCAUCACAUGUAACAUCAACCUCCAAGAUCCCGUGGCACACCCCGAUGCCUCCAUCAAGACCACUGUCCUCAACGGCAAACUCGCAACCUGCGGCGACAGCUGCUGCCCAUUUGGAUACAGCUGCAAUAGCCUGUCGCAGUGCACGAAAGAUUCGGACCAGACCAAAGCACCAGAGGAAGCGUCUACCCCUGUUCCAAAGCCGACGUCGACAGCCACCGCCGUCCCGAGCGUGAUUCCGACGACCAUCGCCGCCAGCACGACGCCCGCGGGUGAUAACAACAAUAACACUAACGACAACGGCGACAGCGACAACAAAAACGGCACCUUCCCCACCGCCAUCGUCAUCGGCUCCCUCGUAGGCCUCCUCGUAGGCGUAGGUCUCGGCGUCGCCCUCCUCCUCUUCUGCGCCCGCCGUCGUCGCCGCGGACCCCCUCCACUAAGCGAGAAGGAACGCGGCGGUAGCGGUGGCCCUCGUCCGUCGACAUCGACCUCGUCUUUUGGAAACAUCAUCUCGGAACCCAUCCCCAUCACGGAUCACGCCACCGUGCGGACGGACUUUAUCCUAAAGACCCCAUCCACGACGCACUCCCGCUCGCGAAGCGACUCCGGCUUCGUCACCUCGCCCGCGGGGUCCACCCCCAACAAGGGCCACAACCGCCUCUCCUCGACGGCGACGACGCUGGCGCACCAUCCCAUCGGUCUCGCGCGCAGCGACUCGGCCCCGCGCACGCCGCCCGGGAGGGGAGCAGGCACCGGAGCCGUCGCUCCCAUCAGGGGCAUGCGUCCCAACUCCGGGUCCAGACGUCUCCAGCCGCCCAACGUGCCAAACCCGCUCGCCCCGCCGAAGCCGGGGUACAUCAACAAUAGCAACAAUCAAUCCCACCUCCAGCGCGAGCCGAGCAGCGAGAGCAUCAGCGUGUUCGCGGACCCGCGGACAGUGGGCGGGCGGCCUGGGGUGAAGAGGAACACGACGUUCACGGAGAUGAUGGAGGAGGCGGAGCUUGGUGACGUGCGGAGGGGGAAGCCCUACGUGCCGUAUACGCCGCAGAUGCCGUCGCAGGGUGGUCGAUGAUCGAUUUGCCUCAAGGGGGCUGAGGGGGCGAUGGAUGUUGAGUUUGUCUUUCUUGAUGAUAUUGAAGUUUUUGUAAUGUCGGCAAUACUUGCUCCUUCGCUUCUUCUUCCUUUGUUUCCUUCUUCACCCUCUUUUCAUAUUUUUAAG